AUGGAUACUUUGCUGAUUUGUCAACAUGAUCCAGUCUAUACUAUAGGUGUGCGUCAAGAUGGAUUCGAUGAAGAAGUGCAGAGGUUAAAAAAACUAAACUUAAACUGUGAAUAUUAUAAAACUAGCCGCGGUGGAUUAAUUACAUUUCAUGGACCUGGCCAAUUGGUUUGUUAUCCUAUUAUUAAUUUAGCUCAUUUUACGAAAAGUCUUCGUUGGUAUAUUCACCAACUGGAGAAAUGCCUGAUUGCAACUUGUAACCGGUUCAAUGUAACUGCAAAAACUACUGAACACACUGGUGUAUGGGUUCAUGAUGAAAAGAUCGCAGCAAUAGGUAUACAUUCAUCGCGAUGGAUUACACUGCAUGGCAUAGCUUUGAAUUGCAACGUUGACCUAUCGUGGUUUGAUCAUAUCGUGCCGUGUGGUAUUCAUGGCAAAGGAGUCACCUCAUUAACUGCCAUUUGCGAUCGGGAAGUUACAGUUGACGAGGCAAUAGAACCAUUUGUUGAAUCGUUUUGUGAUGAAUUCGAUUGCCGCGUAGUUAAUCGUACAAUCGAUUACAGUGCCUCGAUAUUGUAA